AUGAAAACUACAGUGGAUUUUCCAGUAGUUAAGACAAUGGUUACAAAAUCUCUUUCUAACCUUUCCCUGCAAAGGGACGAGAAUGAAAGCAACUUGAUUCCGGAGGUCUUAGAGACAGAUUUCUUGCCUUCCUCAGAACAGGGCACGGCGGAGUUCGUGAUCCGCUGCGUGAUCCCGUCGCUGUACUUGCUUAUUAUCACAGUUGGUUUGCUGGGCAAUAUCACCCUAAUGAAGAUCUUCAUCACUAACAGUGCUAUGAGAAGCGUUCCUAACAUUUUUAUCUCUAGCCUAGCAGCCGGGGAUCUGCUGCUCCUGGUGACCUGCGUGCCAGUGGAUGCCUCUCGCUACUUCUUUGAAGAGUGGAUGUUUGGGAAAGUGGGCUGCAAACUUAUUCCCGCCAUACAGCUUACCUCAGUGGGAGUUUCUGUGUUCACUCUCACGGCGCUUAGUGCAGACAGAUAUAAAGCCAUUGUGAAUCCUAUGGAUAUCCAGACAUCAGGUGCAGUCCUGUGGACCUGUAUGAAAGCUAUUGGCAUAUGGGUAAUUUCUGUUCUGUUAGCAGUUCCUGAAGCAGUAUUCUCUGAAGUGGCCCACAUCAGUAGCAUGGAUAAUGGCAGCUUCACAGCAUGUAUGCCAUACCCACAGACUGAUGAGCUACAUCCAAAGAUCCACUCAGUGAUGAUUUUCUUGGUCUAUUUCCUCAUUCCUCUUGUUAUCAUAAGUAUUUAUUAUUAUCAUAUUGCAAAAACAUUAAUCAAAAGUGCACACAACAUCCCUGGAGAAUACAAUGAGCAUUCUAAAAAGCAGAUGGAAACACGAAAACGCCUGGCUAAAAUUGUCCUGGUCUUUGUGGGCUGCUUUGUGCUCUGUUGGUUUCCAAAUCAUGUUCUCUACAUGUAUCGAUCUUUUAACUACAAAGAAAUUGACCCAUCCCUUGGCCACAUGAUCAUCACCUUAGUGGCCCGGGUGUUGAGCUUCUGCAACUCUUGUGUCAAUCCAUUUGCUCUUUACCUGCUCAGUGAGAGCUUCAGGAGACAUUUCAACAGUCAGCUUUGUUGUGGGAGGAGGGCCUAUAGGGAGAGAUCUACCAGUUACCUGCUUAGUUCCUCUGCUGUGCGAAUGACUUCUCUGAAAAGCAAUGCUAAGAACACAGUGACCAAUUCUGCCUUCCUGAAUGGGCACAGCAUGAAGCAGGAAAUGAAUCUGUGA